AAAACAAACAACAAAAGAUGAGCAUUUGAAAACAUUUUUUUUUCACUGAUUUACAAUGUGUUUUGUGUUAAAUAUUUAAUUAAAUAAUUAAUUAAUCAGCGGCAGAUUGCACUUCUCCAAGGAUACUACUCGAUUUUGAAACUUUUCGAUCGAAAAUAUCGCACCUGAACCAAACUCGCAUUCGACACGACGACGUCAACGAUUUCCAACAUCACCGACCCUCCGAGUACGAAGACUGAUCUGACCAAUUUUUUGAAAAAGGCUGGAAGAGCUGAGAGCUGUAUUUAGGUGAGAAAAAAACCAACCAUCAGAGUAGAAGACGACGUUACAACGUGAUGGAAAAUUCGAUGAUCGCCUCUUCAGAAGGUGGCGACGAAACGCAGCCGGCUGUCGGCAAUAAUCACAGUCACAGCCACAGCCAUGGUGGCGGAGGCCCCUGCGGCGGCGGAGACGAACAAACGCCGCAAUUGUUCUGCCUGCGAUGGAACAAUUACCAGAGUAAUUUGACCAAUGUAUUCGACCAGCUCUUACAGAACGAGUCUUUCGUCGACGUGACAUUGGCCUGCGCCGACGGUCACACCGUCAAAGCGCAUAAAAUGGUGCUAUCCGCCUGCAGUCCGUACUUUCAAGCUUUAUUCUUCGAAAACCCUUGCAAGCAUCCGAUCGUCAUUUUAAAAGAUAUCAAAUGGACCGAGCUCAAGGCUGCGGUCGAAUUCAUGUACAAAGGCGAAAUAAACGUUUGCCAAGAACAAAUCGCACCGUUGUUGAAAGUAGCCGAAUCGUUGAAAAUCAGAGGCCUUGCGGAUGUGAGUAACGAGCACGAUUUCGCCCAAAGAGAUAGCAAAAGUCCGACAUCGGCGGCCGAAACGGUGGCCAGAUCUCCUAGCCGAAGUAAUUCGUCGGCCAAUAGCGGACAACCGCCGAGUAAAAAACGCCGAAGAGCUUCGGCCGAUAGAAGUAGUACGAGUACCGGAGAGGAUACGAUUAGUGUUAUCAAUUCACCGUCCAGAGCUUUGGAAUUGGUUACGUCUCCUUCGUCGUCGUCCAUUGGCACUACUAGCAUUUGCAACGGUAUGACAUCGACGCAUAAUGCGUCGUCGACGUCGUGCUCGCAGCAACAGCAACAACAACAGCAUCAACAGCAGCAAAGUCAGAGUCAGGCUGGACGUCCGUCGCAAUCGUCUACUCCUCAGUCACCAUCGAAUAUGGCGCCACUGCCAAUACCACCGCCACCGCCCACCUUACCUAGCACGUCGAGCGUCGCCGAUGAUAUGGAGAUUAAACCUGGUAUCGCUGAGAUGAUCAGAGAAGAGGAAAGGGCCAAGAUGCUUGAAUCGUCACAAGCUUGGCUCAAUGCCUCUACGUCCUUAGCUUCUGAUAGUUACCAGUAUCAAUUACAGUCCAUGUGGCAGAAAUGUUGGAACACGAACCAAAGCCUAGUUCAUAAUUUGAGAUUCCGCGAACGUGGACCAUUGAAAUCGUGGAGACCCGAGACGAUGGCCGAAGCUAUACUUUCAGUACUGAAAGAAGGAUUAUCGCUGUCGCAGGCUGCUAGAAAAUACGAUAUACCAUAUCCGACAUUUGUGUUAUACGCCAACAGGGUACAUAAUAUGUUGGGACCUUCGGUCGACGGAGGAUCUGACGAACAUGCAGAUUUAAGGCCCAAAGGCAGAGGCAGACCUCAAAGAAUAUUACUCGGUUAUUGGCCCGAAGACCAUAUACAGAAUGUGAUAAGAGCUGUAGUCUUCCGAGAUCCUCAACAUAUCAAAGACGAACCACUUAAUUUAGGUUACCCAAGAAUAUCGUGCUUUCAAGAACCAUUAAAUAUGUACGGAAAUAAUAACUCGUGUCUGAAUAGUCCAGAACCGCCGGUAUCUCCUAACUCGACGGCGGCUGUAAUCGCAAUGGCUCAAGGGCUCCGGCAGCAAGUUCUAGCUGCGGCUGCAGCUCACAGCAACAACGACAAUAAUUUCGGAUUUUUUUCAUCCCAAUGUGCCAACGGAAGUCCUAGUCUAUUGAUGGCCACCCCGUUGCAAAGUCCUAACAGCACACCUCCCGCUUCACCUGUUUCUAAUGAAAAUUUAGAGGUUGGCAUCGGUGUAACAGGCGUUCCUUUCAAAUCAACCGAUAACUUUCCAGUCAAAUCUGAGAUACUGUUUAACGACGAGAUUGAAGACUUAGUUAUGAAAUCACCUCAUUCGCGAACUCCUACAUCCUCAGCCGAUCAACCUAAACCUCUACCAUUAGUCUUAGAACAACGAAGCGAUUGAAUUUACUCGUAUUUUUCGUCGUUCAGUUGAAAACAAAAACGAAUACGAUAAACUUGCACAUCUUAUUCUCUUCAGGUAUAAAUAUUUUGUUGUUUGGUGAAAACAUCAGUGUUAUAGAUAUUUUUUUUUUUGAAUCUUUUCCUUUAUUUUUUUUUCUUAUACGUAAAUGUAAGAUAAAUUUUUUAAUCAGUGUUACCAUCUUUUGUGCUUAAUGUUUUCACCGGAGCUAUAUUAUUAAUUUUUUUAAAAAUUAAUUUUUAUCGUGAUACUCGUAUGUAUGUACCUAUAUACUACGGUGUAUCCCGCAUCACUAUUUUUAUUCCCUCGGAAACGAAUACGAGUCAUGUUUUGAAUUGUUUAAUUAGUUUUCUAAGUUGAUUCUGUUUCUUCUCAUCAUCAUCAUGUGAGGUUAUAUGCUACUUUGAAGCUAUGAGUACAGAAGUACACCGAGUCGAGUCGACGUUUAAUUUAGAAUUUUUCCCUCUUAUUUUUCUAUUUAAAUAAGUAAUCGAUCUUCCGACCGAGUGCAAAGUCGUACGCGUUUCAUUGCACGAUACCUCGUGUAAUGAGUAAUUUUUCCCAUUUACCGAGUCGUAAAACUCUUUACGACUGUAUUCAUCAUUGUUGCCGCGCCUUCGAACUUGAAUUUUUUUUUCGUGAGCUGACUAUGAGUGUGCGGUGCGAAUACAGAGGUUAAUUUUUUGCCGAGUAAUAAUAGGUGCUUGAACGUGUAUUGUCGAGUCGGAAUUUCCCUGGCGAAUUAGCUCGUAUGGCUCGUCGGUUAUGGUUCGAUGUAGGUACGUGAAAAUUAACCGCUAGAUUUGGAUUCCACGACCUCGAGAAUAUUUCGAUUCGUAUAUCGCGUGGAUUUUCGUAAUAUUUUAAUCGGAGUUUCUCCCCUUGCGCAUCAAUUUUGCGAAUCAGUUUUUGAAAAUGUCUUCUAGGGUGCGAUAGGCGUGAAAAAGUAUGUGAAAAUCUGAUUCUACGACCUCGAAAAUGUAGAAAUCCAUAUGCAACAUGCAUUUUUAUCAUUUUUUGUCGAUAUCCCCUCCCCUUGCUCCCCUUUUUGUGUGUACAUUUUGGAAAAUUUCAUCUGGUGUGCGGUAUACCACAGAACUGAUGCAAAAAUCCGAUUCUACGACCUCGAAAAUGUAGAAAUCCAUAUGCAACAUGCAUUUUUAUCAUUUUUUUGUCAAUACCCCCUCACCCCUACCCCCUUUAUGUGGGUAUAUUUUGGAAAUUGUCGUCUGGUGUGCGGUAUACCGAAGAACUGAUGUGAAAAUCCGAUUCUACGACCUCGAAAACGUAGAAAUCCAUAUGCAACAUGCAUUUUUAUCAUUUUUUUGUCAAUACCCCCUCCCCUUCCUUCCUUUUUUGUUAUCACUUCUACCAAAAUAUCUUCUGCGGUGAGUUACACCCUAAAAUUGGUGUGAAAAUUUGAUUCAACGAUCUCAGAAACUUGUAAAUCCACAUGCGACCUGCAUUUCAAUCAUUUUUGUCAUUCCACCCCUCCCCCCCCCCUCCACUUAAAUUUCGAGGGUAAUUUUCUAAGUAUAUUUUUGGGGUAGAAUAGAUGGGGAAAAUGAUGGGAAAAUAUGAUUGUACGGCUUCAAAAGUCUGGAAAUUCACGUGCAUGAUGUAUCUUCAUCCAUACCUCCCCUUCCCUCCCCACCAUUCUGUAUAUUAAUUGAGGAGAACCUCCCCACACUCCAAUUAAUGGAUAAAGAUGUGUGGUUCAAAAAUUUCAAAAUAUUGUUGGCAUUAUUUUCAUCCAAAUGAGAUCUAUAUGAUCGAUUGUCUUUUGAUGUUCCAAUUAUCCAUCAUCUUUUCUAUUACAUAGUAUUUUCCCCUACUCACCCCUCUGCCUCACAGCCCCAUCCCUCUUAUGAGGGAGGAUUGUGGGGAAACUUUGAUUGAUUCAAGCAAAAGUAAAGUAAAAAAUUGUUGGAGAAAUUCCAUAUUUACUUUCAGUAGUUUCUGUAGGUAUGAUCUCUGCUUCUUUUUCCCCUCCAAUGGCCCAAAAAAUGUGGUGGGGAUGAUUUAUAAAAAUUUCUCCAAUCGUAGGCUUGUUGGGUAUCAAUUUCAAAUGAUUUUUCACGCUGAGUUCGAAUAUGGUGGUAAAAUUUUUCUAAAUCAUCAUGGUCCUCUUCUCCUCCCUCUCACACCAUAUUCUUCACAUACACGCAGACUUCUGUUUCAUUAUGUACCUACUUGAAACUUGAUCAUAUUGAGUCUCAAAUGAAACAAAUUUUUGGCAUCAAAUAUGUUUUUUUAUUCUCUAGAAAAAUUAGUGGUUCAUGUGGCGCACCCUCCCUCCCCCUCUUCCUCAUUCUAAUAUAUUAAUGGAAGAGGUAUUGACAAAAUUUACCGAUAAGUGAUCAAAAAUGACGUAAAAAUUUGGAGAAUUUAUCUGGAUAGGGUUUUUAUUUUCAAAUAUCAAAAUUUCAUGCCUGAGUUUUGCCACCCCCUCUCCUCCCUCUCAUUCUGAGGGAGUGUAGUGGGGGUGGUUUUUGGAAGUUCGUAGAAUAUCGGCUUGUGGGGUAUCAAUUUCUAAUGAUUUUUCACGCUGAGUUCGAAUUUGCUGAUGGAAUUUGUUUUUCGUUAUCCCUCUCCCCUCCCUUCCUUUCUCUCCAAUGUAUCGUUUCGGUCCAUAUGAUAUGAAAGCUUUGAUUUUUCAAGACAUGAAACAUUAUCAAUUUGGACAUUAAUUUUAAUGGAAUUUUGGCAUGGACUGUGAAUACAUCUCCUUCCUUCCCCCUUCCCUCUCUCUUCUUUCUCUCCCCCUCCCCAACCCCCUCGUGCUACUGAUGUAGUGAUGAGGGAUGUUUUGAGGAAAAUUAUUCUUUGGGGAGUAAAAAUGAUGCAUAAAUUGAAAAAAUUCAUCUUGAAAGACAUUUCAUCACAAUUUUUGGUUUGGAGGGCGGGGGGGAGGGGGAGAAUUUUGGGAAUUCACAGAACUUUGGCUUGUUGGGUAUCAAUUUAAAAUAAUUUUUCACGCUGAAUACGAAUCCAUUAGCGAAAUUUUCCUAAAUGGUCAUUUUUACCCCCCCCCCCCCUCCUUCCGGCUUCCUUCACAUUUGCUUUUCGUGGGAUUGUUUUUUUUUAAACGAAAUGUAUGUAUCCAAAAUUCUAAAUCAUUACUAGGUGGGUCGAGUCGAGUAUCCAUUCAGUGCAAAUUUGUUUACAAUGAAAUAAUUUACCCUCCCCCCUCCCUCCCUUCAAUGAUUUGGUCUACGUAUUACACAAAAUAUGAUCGAGUUGUGUAUCAAUUUCAUAUAAUUUUUCACGCUGAAUUCGAAUCUUUCGAUAAAUUUGACCGAUUUUUCGACUUUUUGGCCCCAACCCAGCAGACGUUUUCAAAAAUACCCUAUGAAGUCAUAUUUGGUAUCGAUUUGUUAUAAUUUUUCGCUCCGAUUUCCAACCUAUCGAUGAAAUUUGCAUUUCGACUAAUCCCCAUCUCUCCUCGACCCUUCACUAGGCAGCUCAUUAAAACCGCAUUGAAAUCGGAGUCGAGUCGGGUAUCGAUUUAAACUAAAUUUUCGCACCGAAUCCUCGUCUAACUUGCGAUAAAAUUGCCGUUUUCAAGGUGGAAUUUACAUUUCGGCUUUCGCACAGGGCUAAGUAGGUAUUCGCACCUCCUGGUAUCGAAUUAUAGUAAACUGAAUAUCGUCAAACUUUUCGAUUGUUCUUGGAGGCGAAAAAUUAAUUAAUUUUCGUAAAGGUAUCGACGCGAUGCCGAUGCGAUGUUUUACACUUGGCAACAGUGUGUCUAUGGCACUUGUUAAAAUUAUGCCAUAGCAUCGUUAAACCAACACCAACACAACUACAAAGUAAAGCAUCGCACACAACGAGAGAGAAGACAAAGAGAAAUAGAGUGAAAAAAAACUUAGUCGUGUACGAAGUAGGUACGAUGGCGCGGCGGCGCGGCGCGUGUUCGAAUAUCGUCGAAUUAUUAAAAAUUAACGAAAAUUGCGCCGAAUAAAUGUUGAUAAACAUCGUUAAAAAUUUUAUGUUUGCCGAGUCUUAAAAGCUCGCCAUAUUUGGAAUAUUAAAAAAACUUGCAUAACGAUACGAUACGUACGGUUGCCUAAGGUUUUUUUUUACUUUCAGUUUUCGGUCGGUUUAGCUUUGAUUUUUUUUUUUAUUUCAUUAGCCUGUGAUAUACUUAACAAACAAAAUGGUGAAAAAAUUGCAGCGUGGCUUCUAUAAAUUCUAUGUGUAGUUUUGCGAGGGAAUAAUAAAGACGACGACGACGAGUGACGAGUGACGAGAGUUGCGAUUUUGGUGUGUGUUAUUUUUCUUUCUAAAAAUUAUUAUUGUUUCCCCUUCGUUUACUACGAAUAAAAAAACAGUUACGUAUUUAAUACUUGUGUGUGUUUGUAUUGAGAUAAUGGAUUAAUUAGGUUUAUAUGUACUAUAAUAAGUUGCGAGUAUAUAUUAGUGAUAAGGAUUCGCGGUAAAUAUUGUGUCAAUAGUGUAUAAAGAUUUUUAUAUUAAUGCAAUUUUAAGGUCAUGGAUGAAUAGUUCGCUAUGUACGCUUUUUAAUUGAUUUUUAUUCUAUACUAUUUUUUCUUUCUCUUUCUUUUUCUUUUUUCUUUUUUUUUUUUUGUAUACCUAUGUGACAUUUUUUUUCCUCCUUGUAUAAAAAGAGUAUUGAUUGUACAUACGUACUGUAUAUUUAUGGUAUCGUUAAGGUAUUUAUUUUUUUCCUUUUUCGAGUAUCUCAUUUUUUUCCCUAUAUAUUUUUUUUUUGUCGUCGUCAUAAGAGUACAUCUUGUUAAGGUUCCGAUGGUUUUUUUUUUCCACAGGAAGUGAUUCGUCCGAUAAUUGCACCCUGCGAAAAGAUAAAAUUACGUGAUGACGAGUGAGAAAUUCAUAGACGAUGGUUUUAUUUUUUUUUGCCUCGAAAGGUCGUCAAAAGUGCACUUUUCUUUCCUUUUUUUUUCCUCGUGUAGACGUGUCUGACUGAAAUUUUGUAUCGAAUUAGGGACGUUGACAACAAUGAAGAGGAUGCGGAUCUUUUUUUUAUGGCAGAUUUUUACGUGGCGUAAUUUAUUCGUGAACUAUUUUUUUUCUUUUUAUUGCACGACGCUUGGAAUAUAAUUGUUGAGUCUCGUAUGCUGAUGGGAGAUUCAUUUAUUAGCUCGAAAUAGGCGAAGGAUUGAGAAAAAAAAUAUCUAGAAAGAAUAAAGUAAUGGUAAUGGGUUUGGUUGUAAAAGGGUGAUCGUGUUUUAUUUUUUGAAGGUGGAGAAUUUUUUUGGUCAAAAAUUGGCCCUUGAGUAGGUUUUGAUUAAGGGCUAGAAGGGUUGAAUGAGAGUAAGAGUGGAAUUUUGGGUAUUUUUUGAGAUAAGAAUGUGAUUUUUUCAGUGUAAAUUUGUAAUUGUGAAAUUAAUUUUUUUCUAGAAUUUUUUUAUUACUGAACUAAGCCUGCUCAAAUGAUAUGAUAUGUUUCUUGGAAAAAAUAUAUUAAGCUUCGUAUGAUGAAUUUGAAAUAAUUAAAAAUCCCAUCAAGUGAGCCAGUGGUUCCAAAACUUGCUUGAUGCCGAAUAAUUGGGAAGUCUUUUCAAAAAAUGACCAUAGUGAAAGGAAACUCAGAACUGCAUUCAAAUGCUUCAAUUUGGUGGAAGGGGAAGAGGUAAAAAAGUCGAAUUUAUCCAAAAACAAUUUUUUUAUUUUCAAAGAAACACGUCGAAAAAACGAAAAUAAAUUCAAAAUUUUGAAAAAAGAGAUUAUUGUUUAAAAAAACGUACAUAUAAAGUACUUUUUUGGACAAUUUUAAUAUUUUGAUAAAAAAUAAAAAUUUAAAAAAAAAACAAACAAGAUUUGAAGAAAUUUUGUCAAAAAAAAAAUAUUUCUUAAAAAUUUGGUCAAAAAAGGGGAUUUUUGUUUUACAAUUUUUGCAAAACAGGGCUGAGUUUCUCAGGAAAUUUUGACCAAAAAAUGACUUUUUUUAAAAAAUUGAAACAAAAAUGAGGACUUUUUGGAUGUUUCAGCUUUGGAAAAAAAGUACAACUUUUUUGGCAAUUCUGGAAAAAAAUUAUCACUUCUGCAUCAUUUUGGCAAAGAACGUGACUUUUUUGGCAAUGAAGUCAAAUAGGGAUUUUUGGAAUGUUUUUGGGAAAAAAUUAAAACUUUCUAGGAAAUUCCAGCUAAAAAUAUUAUUUCUUGAUAAUUCUAGCAAAAAACAGGACGUUUUCAACAACCUUGAAAAAAAGGGGACUUUUUUGACAGUCUUGAAAAAACUGGACUUGAGAAUUUUUUUUGAAGUUUUGCCAGAAAAAAAAUACUUUUCUGAUCAUUUUAGAAAGAAUCAGGACUCUUGAGGCAAUUUUGGCCAAAAAUCAGGACUUUUUUCAAGAAUUAAUAAUACCAAAAUUAGGACUUUUUGGAUGUUUUAUCAAUUUGGUCCAUGAAUUGGACUUUAAUGGAUAUUUUGGAUAAAACGAGACUUUUUGAGCAAUUUUAGGACUUCUUGAUUUUUUUUUGGAAGAAAAAUAAUUUUUGGAAAAAUAAUAGAACUUGUUGAAAAUUCUAGCAAAAAGUGAGACUUCUGAAAAAUUUUGGUAAAAAACUGGAUUUUUUUUGAUUUUUUAAAAAUUGGACUUUUUUUGGCAAUGAAGGUAAAAAAUUAUAAUUUUCUAAGUGUUUUGUCAAAAAAAAAAAAAAAUUCUUGAUAAUUCAGCAAAAACAGGACAUUUUCAACAACCUUGAAAAGAAAGAGGACAUUUUUGACAAUCUUGGCAAAACGUGGCUUAUUUUUUUUGCAAUUUUGCCAGAAAAAAAAAUAGUUUUCUGAUAAUUUUAGGAAGAAACGGGACUCUUGAGGCAGUUUUGACCAAAAAUCAGGACUUUUUUUCAGAAAUUAAUACCAAAAUUAGGACUUUUCGGAUGUUUGGUCAAUUUUGUCUAUGAAUUGUACUUUUAUGGUCAUUUUGGAUAAAAACAAGACUAUUUGGCAACUUUAGAACUUCUUGAUUUUUUUUGGGAAGAAAAAUAAUUUUUGGAAAAAUAAUAGAACUUGUGGAAAAUUCCAGCAAAAAGUGGGACUUCUGAAAAUUUUUUGUAAAAACUGGAUUUUUUUAGUUACUCAAAAAUUGGACUUUUUCUUGUAACGAAGGUAAAAAUUAGAAUUUCCUAAAUGUUUUGGCAAAAAAAAAAAAAAAAAAAAAAAAAAAGGAGUAAGACUUUCUUGGCAAUUUUAGGAAAAAAAUGAUAAUUUUCGAUCAUUUUAACAAAAAAACAAAAAAUCAGGAUUGUUUUUGGCAUUCUUGUCAAAAAAAAAAAAAAACAGGAAUUGAUUGAAGAUUUUGGCACAAACAGAACUUUUGAGACAAUCUUGAUAAAAACUGGACUUUUUAAAAAUUUUUCCAGGAAAAAGGAUUUUUUUCUGAUAAAUUUGGUAUAAAACAGCUCUUGAGGCAAUUUUGAUGAAAAAUCAGGACUUUUCUGAUAGUUCUGUUAAUGAACAGUACUUUCAUGGCAAUUUUGGCCAAGAACAAAACUUUUUUUGAAAAAAAAGUAAUUUUGGGCAGAGAAGUAGACCUUUUUUAAACUCCAGAAAAUUAUUAAGACAAUUAUUUUGGCAAAAAACUGGACUUUUCUUGGCAAUUAAGGCAGUAAUCAGAACUUUCUUGGCAAUUCCAAAAAGAAAGUGCCUAAAGCUUCUUGACAAUUUCAGCAAAAAGUGGGACUUUUUUGGGCAAUCUUGACUUUGUAAGUAGGACUUAUUUAACAACCUGUUUUAAGGCAAUCUUGACAAAAAUAAGACUUUUUAAAAAUAAUUUUGGCAAAAAAACCACUUUUCUGAAAAUUUUUUCAAAAAACCCGACUUUCUUGAAAUUGACAAAAAAUGUAAUUUUUUCAUGUUUUCCCAAAAAAUAAUUCUACUUUUUUUCAAUUUUGACAAAACAACAGGAUUUAUAGAUAUUUGGAUGGAAAGUUGGAUUUUUCUGGUGGAGGGGGGGGGGUGAUUUUUGCUUGGCCGUGAACAGUACUUUAUUAGGGCAAUUUUGAUUUUAAAAAAAGCAGAAUUUCUAGAUCAUGUUAAUUUCAAAAAAGCGUGACUUUUUCUGGCAAUUAUUACAAAAAUUAGGACUUUUUUGACAAUUGAGACAAAAAUCAGGACUUUUUUGACAAUUGAGACAAAAAUCAGGACUUUUUUUUGACGAUUGAGACAAAAAUCAGGACCUUUUUUGUGACAAUUAGACAAAAAUCAGGAAUUUUUUUGACAAUUAAGACAAAACUCAGGACUUUUUUGACAAUUGAGACAAAAAUCAGGAAUUUUUUUGACAAUUAAGACAAAACUCAGGACUUUUUUGACAAUUGAGACAAAAAUCAGGAAUUUUUUUGACAAUUGAGACAAAAAUCAGGAAUUUUUUUGACAAUUAAUACAAAAAUCAGGACUUUUUUGACAAUUGAGGCAAAAAUCAGGACUUUUUUGACAAUUGAGGCAAAAAUCAGGAUUUUUUUUUACAAAUUGAGACAAAAAUCAGGACUUUUUUGGCAUUUAAGACAAAACUUCAGAUUUCCUGAAUGGUUUAAAAAAAAAAACAUAGCUCGUCUUGCCAGUUUUAAGCGGAGAAGUUGCCUUUUUGGCAAUUCUGGUGAAAAAGUAGAACUUCUAAAUCACUAUGGCAAAACACACGACUUCUUAAACAAUUUUAACAAAAACAAGACUUAUUUUUUGGAAUUUUGAAAAUUUUUGAAAAUUCAAAGAAUGAUUUUUUUGGCCAUGAGAGAAAAAAUUAUUACUUUUUUAGGGUACUAAGACGAAAAUUUGAACUUUUUUUGUCAUUGCUAAAGUAAAAAAUAUGAUUUUUGGAACGUUUCAGCAAAAUAGUUGAACUUUCUUGGCAGUUUCAGCAAAAAAUUUGGACAAAAGCAGUACAAAAUUAGGAAAAACAGAACACGUUUUAAUAGGGACAAGGAUAUAGUCCUGUCGUCAUCCUCAUGAACAAAAUUCCUCAACAGAGAUUAGACAUCAUUGGAAAAUCAUUUUCUCGAACGUAAAUAUUUUAAAUUAUCUAUUUAUAUUGAAUUACGUGACCACCAGUCCAAAUCUAUGUUGCAUUUCAAUCGUUAAUUUCGUGCCUAUCGCUGGGUGCCUCGAUUCGAUAGCUUUAUCUGGGAUUCGAUUUAUCACAGUCAAGAGUUUUAUUUUUAUUCGCCUGAGACGUUUAAUUCGCCAUUACCAAUGUUUCUAAAUUAUUAAUCAGAUUAUAAAUAUAGAUUUUUUUUCUAAUAAUGUUCAAAUCAAACAUAGAGUUAUCGAUGUGGUAUUUUUAAUCGAACAUGAUAUCCGGCUAAUAGAAAAUCUUACCUAGGUAGUAAUAUUUUUUCAUUUUUUUUUUUAAAGAAAAAAAACUUCCGACAUACAAAUAUAAUAUUUAAUGUAUUUGGUCUUGAAGUUGAUACCAGAAUAUCAAUCAAGUGUCGAAAUGAUGACGUGUUAAUUUUUUUUAUUCGUUCAUUGCUGAAAAUAGAGGAAUUGAGAGCGAGAAGUGAACUGAAGAGGUAGAUUUUGGCGAACGAAGGUGCGAUUAUAUGGUCGAAUCACUCAUUCAAUAAUAAUAAAAAUACAUUCCUCUCUGAUUGAGUAGCUCUGAUAGUUCGAUAAAUAUGACUUUUCAUUACUAUACUUCUGAGAACUAUUUCCAAAGAUGAUUUCAAUCCGCUGUAUUACUUACACAUAGAUUACAUACCUAUUUUUGCUGUAAUAAUUUUUUGCACUGAUUAAUCCACACGAGUACUUUUGUGUGAUGCAUCAUUCAUAGUGAUGAUAUUUUCGAUUGUGUCCUAUGCUGAUAUUGUACUACUGUGUAUGUCUUUAUUUGGUAUUUUUUAUUUAAUGGUCAUAUUGUCGUGUUUCAUAAAUAAUAAUCAAUGUAAUUGCGUUAUUUUAAUUUACUUCGGCUAUAAAAGCUCGACACACAGAGAAACCAGUUUUAUCGCGUAGAAUUCAUUAACGCACACAGUUUCCGUUGUUGAAAACCGGAUUCCAUUCAUUGUCUGUAUAGUGUAUUUCAUCAUCGAAAUGAUUUUUCUAUUGUAUUUAUUCUCGAGCUAAUGUAUUCUCGUUUAUUAUAUAAUUUACUGGUUUCAUUUUAUUGGUUUUUUUCUCUCUUAUUUUUCUUCGUUUUUUUUAAACACAAAAGAUGCUUAUUAGUACCGAGUUUUAUUAUUCGUUUUUAAUUAAGAAAUGAUUAUUGUCUGAUUUACGAUCGUGUAGUAUGUGCGAUGCUGAUGCUGGUGCUGACCAACCAAAUACUACUAUACGUGUGUGUAAAAAAACAAUCGUCGAGCACGACUCAACUGCUGCUGUGUUUUGUACGUGUACAUUAUGAAUACAUAUCAAUGAAAAUAACAAAAUUCUUCUUCGUUAUUAUUAUUACCAUAGCGAGACAAAUUAUAUCGCUAUUAAUUUCGCAUCUGCCAGAUCAGCUCUCACGUACACACAUACAAACAGCCACCUUUUCAAUUGAUUUUUUUCCCCUUGUGAUUAUGCUAUAAAAAAAGACUGUCGUUUGUGGUUUUUUAAAUUCGCGAGCAUUGUCAUACACUACUCUGUUUUUAUCGCCCUUCUAUUUACGUGUAAUUUUGAUUCGAAGAACAUCAAGUGCCAUUUUUUUUUACGAGAUGAAAAAAAAUUCUCGUACUUAUUGUUAUAAUUUAUAUAAAUAAAUGUAACUAAAAAAUUCGUGUAAUAUUCCAUUUUCGUUUUUUUGUUUCCUUUCCUGUUUUAUUUUUUUUUCUCUUGUUGCGCCAAAUUCUCUUUUUAUUUUGUAAUUAGUCAUUCUCUAUUUGUGUAAUUUUUAUUUAUAAACUAUUCUACGAAUCGAUGACGAUUUUAAACAGAUAAACGAUGGUCGAUGGUCCUAAUUAUUUGUGACGUUAGGUUGAAAUAAUUAGACGGAAUGGUAUAAUAAGCGUUUUUAAUACUAUUAUAAGAAUUAUUUAUAUUUACUUUGUAUUUUGAUUAUCAAUUAAAAUAUCUUUUUUUUUUCUAA